AUGAAGUUCAUCCAGGCGUUGAUCUUGGGCUUCUUGCCCCAAAGUCUUGCCUUCGCUUACGGCGGAGGACUGCCUGGGUUGGGGAAGAGGCGUGCUCGAGUGCAGACCCGGCCGUGCGUGCAGGGCUGCGGGUGUAUUUCUGACUUUGACACCGUGGACAAAUUCAUAGACUGCAUCAACGGAGUCCAAAGAGACAUGGACAUGCGGCUGGCCCGAGACAGCUCAGUGUCCAUCAGCACUCCGCAACCCACGCCGACUUCCACCAAGACGAAUAAUUGCAACGACAAAGGAGGUCCCUGUGACUGCGAUUACAUCCAGGAUAAAAACAGUGACGAGUAA